AUGUCGGACCCGGCGACACAGGCCUUACAACCCCGGCUUCUCCAAGCCCAGUCUAGCGGGUCAGCUGGGUCCAACACCGCCGCCACAGGCUCUGGAUCAGGGAGUAGCGAUCCGGCCAGACCGGGGCUGAGCCAGCAGCAGCGUGCAAGCCAGAAGAAAGCUCAAGUCCGAGCUUUCCCACGGGCGAAAAAGCUUGAGAAACUUGGCGUAUUCUCUGCAUGCAAGGCCAGUGACACAUGCAAGUGCAAUGGAUGGAAAAACCCAAACCCACCGACAGCCACCCGUAUGGACCUGCAGCAGCAAGCGGCCAGCCUGAGCGAGCCCUGCCGCAGCUGUGGACAUGCUCUGGCUGACCAUGUGUCCCACCUGGAGAACGUGUCUGAGGACGAGAUAAACAGGCUGCUGGGCAUGGUGGUGGACGUGGAAAACCUUUUCAUGUCUGUGCACAAAGAGGAAGACACAGACACCAAGCAGGUCUACUUCUACCUCUUCAAGUUGCUGAGGAAAUGCAUUCUGCAGAUGAGCCAGCCAAUUGUAGAAGGAUCUCUUGGAAGUCCGCCCUUUGAAAAGCCCAAUAUUGAGCAGGGGGUGCUGAAUUUCGUUCAGUACAAGUUCAGCCAUCUGGCACCGAAGGAGAGGCAGACCAUGUUUGAGCUUUCAAAGAUGUUCCUGUUGUGCCUGAACUACUGGAAGCUGGAGACGCCAACACAAUAUCGCCAGCGCUCCCAGAAAGAUGAUGGCACGGCAUACAAAGUUGACUAUACGAGGUGGCUGUGUUACUGCCACGUCCCCCAGAGCAACGACAGCCUACCGCGCUAUGAAACCACUCAGGUGUUUGGCCGUAGCUUGCUCAAGUCCAUCUUCACUGUGACCCGACGCCAGCUUCUGGAGAAGUUCAGAGUAGAGAAGGAUAAACUGCUGCCAGAGAAACGCACACUCAUCCUCACACAUUUCCCCAAAUUCUUGUCCAUGCUGGAGGAGGAAAUCUAUGGGGAGAAUUCACCCAUCUGGGAGGCUGACUUCACCAUGCCCGCCUCAGACGGCACACAGCUGGGACACCAAACAGUGAUCAGUCCUGCUUCAGUGUCAGGCUCCCCCUCUCUCUCCAAGGGCAUGAGCAGCGGAUCCUCACUGGGCAGCAUGGACGCCGGGGGGGCAGAGCCAAUCACAGGAGAGAAGCGUAAACUUCCAGAGGCGCUGACCCUCGAAGAUGCCAAGCGGAUCCGAGUGAUGGGAGACAUUCCCAUGGAGCUGGUCAAUGAGGUCAUGAUGACCAUCACUGACCCCGCUGCCAUGCUGGGACCAGAGACGAACCUAUUGACACCAAAUGCUGCCCGUGAUGAGACCGCCAGGUUGGAGGAGAGGCGGGGCAUCAUAGAGUUCCACGUCAUCGGAAACUCACUUUCCCAGAAGUCCAACAAGAAGAUCCUGAUGUGGCUGGUCGGCCUGCAGAACGUCUUCUCUCACCAGUUACCUCGCAUGCCCAAAGAGUACAUCACACGACUGGUGUUUGACCCGAAGCACAAGACCCUAGCCCUUAUCAAAGAUGGCCGCGUCAUUGGAGGCAUCUGUUUUAGGAUGUUUCCCACUCAGGGCUUCACAGAGAUUGUCUUCUGUGCCGUCACAUCCAACGAACAAGUUAAGGGCUAUGGAACUCACCUGAUGAAUCACCUAAAGGAGUACCACAUCAAACACAACAUCCUCUAUUUUCUCACCUACGCUGACGAGUACGCCAUCGGCUACUUCAAGAAGCAGGGAUUUUCCAAAGACAUCAAAGUGCCGAAGAGUCGUUACCUUGGUUACAUCAAAGAUUACGAGGGAGCGACGCUCAUGGAGUGUGAGCUGAACCCCAGAAUCCCCUACACCGAGCUCUCUCACAUCAUCAAGAGGCAGAAGGAGAUCAUCAAGAAGCUGAUCGAGAGGAAGCAGAGUCAGAUCAGGAAGGUUUACCCAGGCCUGACCUGCUUCAAAGAGGGGGUACGACAGAUCCCCGUUGAGAGUAUCCCAGGCAUCAGGGAGACUGGCUGGAAACCCAGUAACAAGGAGAAAGGGAAAGAGGUGAAAGACCCGGAUCUGUUGUACAACAUGCUGAAGAACCUCCUGGCACAGAUUAAGACUCAUCCAGAUGCAUGGCCCUUCAUGGAACCGGUGAAGAAAUCUGAGGCUCCGGAUUAUUACGAAAUCAUCCGCUUCCCCAUUGACCUGAAGACUAUGACAGAGAGGCUGAAGAACAGAUACUAUGUGACCAAGAAGCUUUUCAUCGCCGACCUGCAGAGAAUCAUUACUAACUGUCGAGAGUACAACCCGCCAGACAGCGAGUACUGCAAGUGUGCCAACACAUUGGAGAAGUUCUUCUACUUCAAGUUGAAAGAUGGAGGCUUGAUUGACAAAUGAAGUCUGUCAUAGACCAAUGAACAGCUUUCUUUGUAGAUGGACAAGGAGGGACACUGACGGUUUCCACAUAGAAACAUGGAGCAGAUCACCAGGAAAUCAUUGCCAGUUCUUGUCAUACUUUGGUUAAUGAAAGUGUAUUUAGACAGGUCUGUGUAGACACGUUUGUGCACAUGACUGACUAAUAAUAGGUAUGGUUUGGAAAUGUUGGGCAUCUACACACGUUAAGGAGAUGGGUUUGAAAAUUCCAGAGGGCUAGUCAAGCAUUACAGUGUCAAAAUGCCAUUAGCUUCCCCUUUUUAGUUACUUUCUCUUUUACAAUAUCACAAUGAGUCAAUGAUGAAUCCUAAUAUAUAUGUUGCAUUCAGUGUACCAAAGUGACAGGUCCCAGUUAAAAUGUUGCCACUUUUUUUCAUUUUUCUUAAGUAUAGGGUGAUCGACCUGGUUUUGUGACAUUUAAAGACAUUUGUCCAGUUUUCUCAUGCCCAAAACUCAUCACACAAACAGAUGUACAUAUUUUAGAGUUCUUCAAAAUACAGGAUCUUGGGACCUAAGCCACGUUGCCUUCCGUUACUGACAGACACUUGAACAAGCCAGUCAGCUUCAUGGGUUGGAAGUAUCCUUGAGGGGUGAAAUCCGCAGAUUCCUUAGACUUUUCACAUUGAAAGAUUGGCAGUAACUUGAGUCUUGAGUAGCUUGAGACCGUGCCAGGCUGCUAGUGAUGGACUGGGCGUCAACGAUUUCCAGCACUUUGCAUGCUUAACCACAACAGUUCCCCAAAGGUUGCCUUCAGGAAAACCCCACUGUUUUCAUGUUGACAACGGCACCAUAGACACUUAUCUAUACAGUAAAUGACGCAUACUGUAACUGAAACAUCAUUUUCCAUGUGUAGGGUUUUAGUCCAGAUGAUUUAGGAGGCAGUCAUGUAGUAGCUUGGCUUUCAGCGAUGCAAGCAGAUGACAGUUCUUGGCAUUGUUUUUUUGAUAGACUAUAGGUCACUUCCACAGAUCUGCUAGGUAGGCCUGUUUAGUGUACAGCUACAUAUUUGCAGUGAUCAGACAGACUUAAAAAAAUAAAUAAAUAAAAAUUAAAAAGGAUGGGGGACAACCAGCUGAUCAGCAGUCCACCAAGUAAUUCUGGGCUGUUCUUUUGGAUACAUGUUCUAGUUGUAGACAAGAUCUAAUUUCUGGUUUAUUAUCACUCCAUACACACAAGCUGUAACGGCUGUUGUUGCAUGGCGGACAGUCAAGGAUUUUUGUUUUUCAAAAUAUACAAUCCCACGUGUAUUCAGUUAUGACCCCUGUUGUUGCCAUAAAAACAUUUUUUGUUCAAUUUUCAGUGUCUGAUUGAAUGCCUCCUGAGAUGCCUUCAGUUCUUUGGAAGACAUUUCAGGAAGAGACUGAUCAAUGCUGGUUCAGCCUGCUUGUUGAGUGUACCACUGACUUAUGUGUAUGUUUGUUCACAUAUAUAUAUAUAUAUAUUUGUGUGUGUGUGUGUGUGUGUGUGUGUGUGAGAGAGAGAGAGAGAGAGUGUGUGCGCCUGUGUGAUUAUUUUGUACUUGAACCAUGACUAGCUUUGAAAAACUGAAGUGAUGUCAGUGUUGCAUUAUUCAGGGUUGUAUGAUUACCUAUUUCUCCCUUGAUCUACCUAUGCUGCAUUUCAUAUUCUCUUAUAAGGACUGUCUGAGUGAACCUUUCAGUUAUAUAAGGACUGCUACUGUCUAGUUAUGGUAUAAAAGCGAUUUACUGUAACUGUAAUACCGUUCAUUACAAUAAAAGUUUUUUUUUUUUUUAUAA